UGUGUUAGCCACAGGGCGCCUGGGAUCAAUCCUCUUGUGAACUUAGCGAGGAUUCACCCUUUUGUAAUGGUGGAAAUUCAGAGUGGUAGUGCUACUGAAAUUUCGUGAACGUUGUGAAAAAUUUCGUCGCAUUCAACGCUAUUUUUACUCUUUUCUUUCUUUGCUAGAUGCGUUGGUGGGGACAGCGGAGAGUGGCUACAACGGUGUUGGUGAUGGUGGUGGUGAUGAUGAUGGUGGAGGCGGGCACCAGGAGCUAUGCCUCUACCAGGGUGGUGGUGCCAAAGAAAGCCUGGGCACAUAGGAGCCUCCGUCAGGUAGCAGCAGAUUGUAACUCUCCGUCUUGCUGUGGGUAUACUGAGAGCAGCGUAGGGUGCCGCUAUCAGGGGCAUCGCUGCAGGUGCCCAUUCCUCGUGCCCAGACCCAUACCCAUCAGCAACUUCAGCGGCAUUCUUGCCCUCACACGCAGACGUCCCUCCACCCGACAAGAUGACCAGGACGAAUGCUGAGCUCCAGUGGACACUGCUGUGUAUCUCUUGUAAAUUAUUAUAUUCAUGGGGAAGUGCUAAACCAUUAGAGGUUAUACAGUGCCAUUGUUUUUGUAAAAAAAAUAUUUAAAGCCUAUCAAGUGUAUGAGGGUCAUUAAAGUUAACUCACUGUACGUAUAUACACUGAGAUACAUACCUCCUGUAAAAAAAAUAUUUGUAUUAUUUAUAUUUUUGUUACGAUACUGCUACUAAUAAUUUUAUUAAUAUUAUGAAUUAUUUUCAAAUGAUAUGAAUAUUGUACUCUCAUAAUCACUGAUAUUAAAAAG